AAAUGGCGGCAAGCACAGUGAGAUAUGCUUCCCAAUUUCUUUUUGUUGAGAAAAGCAACUAGGAAUGGAGAACAAGACUACUUGUUAGUUUGAUCAACAAACCAACCAAAUGACAAAGAAAGAAAGACCAGUUCCAUUUCAUGUCUCCCUUCUGGCAGGAGGAGUGGCUGGAACUGCUGUUGAUGUAAUUUUGUUUCCCCUCGACACUUUAAAGACAAGGCUGCAGUCAGUAGAAGGUUUUGUCAAAGCUGGCGGCUUCAGAGGAAUAUAUUCAGGGAUUGCUUCUGCCGCGAGUGGUUCAGCUCCUGCAGCUGCUACAUUUUUUUGUACAUAUGAACUUACCAAAAAUGUACUCAAGCCAAGGACAUCAUCAACAAUGUUCCCAUUUGUACACAUGUGUGCAGCAACUCUUGGUGAAGUCGUAUCACUUUUUGUGAGAAAUCCAUUUGAAGUUGUAAAGCAGCGAGCUCAAGCUUACACCCAUAUGAACAGUGCUCAAGCUCUGAAGUACACCCUCGUACAAGAGGGUGUCCGUGGUUUUUACAGAGGUUACUGGAACACACUAAUGAGAGAGAUACCAUUUUCACUGAUACAGUAUCCGUUAUGGGAAUUGUUUAAGAGUAUCUGGUCAUGGGAACAAGGCUAUCCAGUUUGGGCGUGGCAAUCAAGUAUUUGUGGUGCAGUCUCGGGUGGAUUUGGAGCUGCCGUUACGACGCCUUUAGAUGUUGCAAAAACAAGAGUUAUGCUUGCACCGAAAGAUUCUUUGUACACUCAAGCAAGUGUGACACAAGUGAUAAUAUUAAUCAAAUCUCAGGAAGGAUUUGCAGGACUAUUUGCCGGGGUUACAAUGCGAACGACGUGGAUUUCUCUUGGAGGAGCAGUGUUCUUUGGUUUUUACGAGAAAGCUAAACAAGUUCUUAUGAAUAAGCUUGAAAGCUGACUAAUAUUUUGUACCUUUGUGGCACUGAAAAUCUACAAAAAAUAAAUGUAAUGAGGCAGCUUUUUAAAAAUGUUAUUUAACAAUAUAAGCAAGAGUGGUCUAAGUGUAAAAAGCUUGUGAGUAUGAACUCACAUUUGAAGCCCUAGCGAUGCAGGGAAUUGGAGAAACGACAAGUUUCCAAUUUGUUUUCAUUUUCUGUUUUGUAGCUUAGACAAGUGUUUCCUCUAUGUUUAGUAAUUUUUCAUCGCCGCCUUGAAAUCUCGUUAUUUAUUCAUCUGAUGUACAAUGUCGAGUUUACUGCCAUUUGUUUCUUUUCUCUGAGAAUGAAUCACAAGGCAGUUCAAAACUUUUACAAAGCGUCUCAGUUUAUAACCAUGCACGCCAGCGUCCAUUUAAUUAACAAAACAGAUUCUCUCACUUCGGUAACGAUGAGCGCUAUUCGUUUUCGUUUCGUAAAAGCAAAAUCAAAUGUUAUCACAACGGCUUAUCAAAAAAAAAAGGAAUACACCAUAGAAAGCUAAUGAAAACUCAACGUUAAAACAAGCAACCACUUGAGGUGCGAGAAAACGUAAGCGACUAAGUCGCGGUUGGUUUUAGAUUGCAUCUGAUUGGUUGAGCGAGGGACACCAGUUUUAAGGAAGUAUUGCAAAACCAAAUGGAAUCCCCCAUUACUUGCGACACAACUGAAAAUUGCUCUUUCAAAAAAAGCAUUGAAAGUUCCGCAAAUUUUAUAAGCGGCAGUUAAAGUUGAGAUGCAAUGAAAUGAGUAUUUUGAUACUUUUUGUGGAAAACAAGAGAAAUAAAAGCCCAUGUAACGUUAAUCAGAAUUACAAUAAACUCAUAUUAUUAAAAAGCCAUAAA